UGUAGAGGAACAAUAAAACUCAUUUCUGACUCGUCUCUUUUCACAGUUACACACACACUCCAAUCACGCACUUCCUCCUCUCUCUCUCCAUUUCUCCGACUCUUGAGCAUGCAAUUGGUGUGGGUCUCGUUGCAUUCUCUGUGGAAAUGACGAACAAAGGCAAAGGAAAAGGCAAGGAGGUCGCCGGAAAAGGUUCUACCGGCAAGCGCAAGGCCGUCUUCUACGAUGAUAAGACCGGCGUUGGCCGCAAGAGAAACAAGCCAGGAGUCCUUCAGUUCUUCGACGACGCCGCUGACGUUGAAGAGAGCGAUUUCAGCGAUUUCAGCGACGACGACAGCGAUUUCGAUUUUUCUGACGACGAAUUAAAUGCCGGGCCAAGAAGGAUGGACAUGCCAGAUAAUGGCCAGAGUAGCCUUCCGCGUGUCGUCCCUAAAGAGGAAAUGGUGGAUGAAGAAGAGUGGGAUAGAAUUUUGGAGGAGCGCUACAAAGAUCCAUCUAGGUUUAUCAGAUUUGCUGAUGAGUUUGGUGAUGAUAAAGGGAUGGACCCAAGUUCUAUACACGAGGGUGUCGAUGAAUUAAUGCCAUACAUUUGGAAAGUCAAAUGCACUGUUGGGCGGGAGAGGCUUUCAGCUCUUUGUCUGAUGCAGAAGUUUGCUGACUUGGAUUCAUUGGGUACUAAAUUAAAGAUAAAAUCUGCAUUUGCUGUAGAUCAUAUGAAAGGAUUUGUGUACAUUGAAGCCGAAAAACAGUAUGAUAUAAAUGAGGCAUGCCAAGGGAUUCCCGGGAUCUAUGUUACUCGAGUGGCACCUGUACCAAAUAGUGAGGUUUAUCAUCUGUUCUCGGUUAGAAGUAGAACCCCUGAAAUUUCUGAGGGCAUGUGGGCUCGAAUAAAAGGUGGUAACUAUAAGGGGGAUCUAGCACAGGUUGUGUCUGUGAACAAUACCCGGAAAAAAGUUACAGUGAAGCUUAUUCCGAGAAUUGAUCUACAAGCCUUGGCUGCCAAAUUUGGUGGAGGAUAUAGUCGUCAAAAAAUGGCUGUACCGGCACCAAGACUAAUCAGCUCAAGUGAACUUGAGGAGUUCCGACCACUCAUCCAAAUCAAACGUGACCGUGAUACUGGGAAGGUUUUUGAGGUUCUUGAUGGCUUGAUGCUCAAGGAUGGGUAUGUAUACAAGAAAGUAUCUCUGGAUUCAUUAAGUUUAUGGGGUGUUGUGCCAACAGAAGAGGAGCUUUUAAAGUUUGGGCCUUGUGAAAACAAUGAAUCAAAUGAUUUAGAGUGGCUCUCUCAGCUUUAUGGUGACAAGAAGAAAAAACGGGUUAUAAGACCUGAUAAGGGAGGUGGUGGGAAAGGAGAGAGUUCGUCAGGUUCUGGUGUGGGAAAUGGUUUUGAACUUUAUGAUUUAGUUUGUUUUGGUAAGAAGGACUUCGGUGUAAUAGUAGGCAUGGAUAAAGAUGAUAUCUACAAGAUUCUAAAAGAGGGUUCAGAUGGACCUGCUGCUGUAACUAUUGAACGACAUGAAAUAAAGAGUGGGUUAUUUGAUUUGAAACUUACUGCCCUUGAUCAGCAAAGUAAGACUAUAUUGGUUAAUGAUACUGUCAGGGUGCUGGAGGGUCCAUCUAAGGGUAAGCAAGGCAUUGUUAAGCACAUUUAUAGAGGGAUUGUCUUUUUAUAUGAUGGAAAUGAGGAAGAAAAUGGAGGUUACUUAACUUGUAAAUCUAAUAUGUGUGAGAAGGUCAAGGUUGCUGUUGGAGAUUGCAGUGGAAAGGACAGUGAACCGGCUCCUUUAGUGUUUGAAGACCAACCAUCAUCACCAAGAUCUCCAUUGUCACCCAAAAAACCAUGGCAAGCAAGAGAAAAUAAUCGUGAAUUUAACCGUGGGGACAACAAUAACAUGUUUAGUAUUGGUCAGACAUUGAGAAUUAGGAUAGGUCCUUUGAAGGGAUACAUUUGCCGAGUCAUUGCCUUGCGUCGUGCUGAUGUUACUGUGAAACUAGAUUCUCAGCAGAAGGUUCUUACAGUUAAAUGUGAGCAUCUUUCUGAGGUUCAGGGGAAGAGUACUGCCAUUUCAUCAAGUGUUUCUUAUAUCAGUGGUGAUCCAGAUUCAAGUUCAUCUAAGCCAUUUGAUCUGCUGGGUACUGAAGGCAGCUCUGGAGGUUGGCUGAAUGGAGUGGGAACGUCCACUGGGGGUGGCGGAUGGAAUGCUGGACGGGCAUCAUCCACUGGGGGUGGUGGAUGGAAUGCUGGAGGGGCAUCAUCCAAUGGAGGUGGUGGAUGGAAUGCUGGAGGGUCAUCUUCCACUGGAGGUGGUGGAUGGAAUGCUGGAGGGGGAUCAUCCACUAGGGGUGGUGGAUGGAAUGCUGGAGGGGCAUCAUCUGAAAGGGAUGCAGAGUCUAAUCAUUCUGCUCCAAGCUUAUUGAAUACAGAAUCUAUCUCAAAUCCCUUCAGUUCCAAGGGUGCAGAAGAUUCUGCUUGGGAAACUAAAAGUAAUUCUAAUCAGAACUCCUCAUGGGGUGUUGCAGUGGAGAAGACUGGAAUUGCUUCUAACCCGGAUCAAUCUGAUGGUUGGGGAAGUGGAGGGAGCUGGGGUCAGGCAGAGCAUAAAACUGGAAGCAUGGGUGAUGGCAAUCAGAAUAGCAAUUGGAAUGACAAACCUAACAAUUUGAAUGGAAAUCAAUCCUCAGGAAGGGACAGCAAAAGCAAUUGGAAUACAACCAAGGCUUCUGAAGGGGAGUCUUCUGGUUGGAACAGUGUCAAAAAGUCAAAUGAAACGUCAUCAAUUGGAUGGGGUGGUGGCAAUGGUUUUAAAAGUGGAGUCAAAGAAGUUGGAAACCCUGAUGGUACUUCAGAUAUUGAUGCUAAUCAGGAUGUUGGGUGGAAAAGCCAACCAACUAAGGAUGGGAGUGGGUCAUCUGGCUGGGGAACAAAAAACAAUUGGAAUGCUCCAGUCUCUUCAUCACAUGAUAAACAGGGAAAAGGUAAUGAUCAAGGUGGGUGGAAUGCAGGAAAAGCUUCAGGUGGUUCGGCUGCAGAUUUCUGUCAAGCUUCUGGUUGGAAAGGUGGGCUGAGUGAGAACGCCCAAGAAGGUUCUAAUUGGGGCAUCAAGAAAUUUGGUUCAGGCACUGUAUCUGGUGAUUCUGGUGGAAACCUGGGUAAUGAUUGGGGUCCGAAAAGCAAUUGGAACUCUGGAUCUAGAAGUGGGAAUGAGAACCAGAAUUCUCACUGGAGUUCUGGGCACACUGAGCCUAGGAAUCAAGAUUCCAACUUGGACAAGAAAAACAAUUGGAUCUCUGUAAAUGGUGCAAACCUGGCUUCUGAUCCGAAAAGUAGCAAAUGGAAUUCUGGAUCUGGUAAUUCCAAUGAAAAUUCUAACUGGGGAAACAAUGGCAAUAACAAAUCAUCUUGGGGUGCUGGAAAUGAAAACAAGAAUUCCAACUGGAGUUCUGGGCGUAAUGGUCCUGAAGAUCAAGAGUCCAAUCAGGGCAAGAAAAGCAAUUGGAACUCUGGGGACAGUGAUAACCAGGCUUCUGAUCCAAACAAUAGCAAUUGGAACUCUAACAAAUCCUCUUGGAGUGCUGGGAAUGAAAACAGGAAUUCUAACUGGAGUUCUGGGGAUCCUGGAAAUAAAGAUUCUAACUGGGGCAAGAAAAGUAAUUGGAAUUCUGGAUCUGGUGAUGCAAAUCAAAACACCACUUGGGGAAGCAAUAGCAGCUGGAGCACAGCAAAUGCCUCAAGCGAUGCUGGUGUAAAUGAAGGUUCAAAUGAAAAUUCCGAUGGAGUAGGUGGUGGGAACUGGAGAGGUGGUUACCAGGGUAGAGGUAGCUCGGACAGAGGUGGCUUUAGAGGUAGAGGUUUUCGGGGUAGAGGAGAGCGUGGUGGGUUUGGUGGCCGAUGGGAACGAGGAGGUGGCUUUGGUGGUAGAGGUAGAUCAGACAGAGAAGGUUGUGGUGGUAGGUGGGGAUCAGAAGGAGGACGUGGAGGCCGAGGCAGGGGAAGGAAUGAUCAAUCUGGUGGUUGGAACAACAGAAGGGAUUCUGGUGAGGAUGGGCCCUCUGACUGGAAGAAGGGGGCAGAAAAUGGUGGAUGGAAGAAUGGUAAUGGAUCUCAGGCUUGGAACCAGGAUACUGGUGACAAGGAUAGGCAAAGCUGGAGCCAGGGAAAUGCAGAUAAGGAGCGUCCUAGCUGGAACCAAGGAAGUGGAAGUAAUCAGAGCUGGAGUUCAGCUAGUGCUGGAGCUAACGAUAAUUGGAACAACAAUGGGUCUACACAGACCGCAGAAGCUAGCUGGAAAAAAUCUACUACAACUGAAGAGACCAACAUCCAGGACAGUGGGUGGAACAAGGGAUCUAGUUCAAACACUACUUCUCGGGGAUGGGGUCAAUCAAGUGCUGCAGACAAGGGUCAAGCAUCUAGUUGGAAAGAAUCAGCAAUAGAUGAUGCAGCAGGUUCUUGGGGCAAGAAAAAUGACAGGGGUGACAAAGGUGGAUGGUAAUUGCUUUCUUGAACGUGCUAGAUGGGCCAAAGAAGGGAAUUGAGUUCGGGCAUUUUGUAACUAAUGGCAAACCUUUUUUUCUCUUUGUAAAUCCGUAUAAAUCUGUGCUGAGACUUAAUUUUUAAAAUAUUCUAAACAGAUCUGAUGGAUGACUAAUCCUUUCUGCCGUAUGCAGUGAGCGUUACAAUGUUCUUUUCUGUGA